AUGGGCGGCGUCUUAUGUUGCGAUGAAGCGGGUUCUACGUCACAGCGGUCACAGCGAGGGCACUCUCCACAGAAGGGGCGCAGCAACCCCUACGCGAAUCCACUGCCGACGACGCCCAGCGAUCCCUGGAGCAGUGCCAUGGCUGCAAAGAGCAUGCCACAAAUUCCCAAGGUCAGUCGGUCGUGCUUCGUUUGCUACACCUGUGCGGCAACAGACAAGGCUGCAUUGCAAUGCCUUGCAGUGACGGAAAGGAUGUCUGGUUGGGUCUGGACCUGGCGAUGGGCUGCUGCUUUGGCUUCCGCCCAGUUGGGUGGAGCCGCUCCGCGCUGUGGCUCUGCUCGCCUCGCAGAUGGAAACUGCCUCUGGUUCCACUUUCACUCGUAUUUCAGCCCAGGGCUGUAUGCAGAUGAGAGGAGCUCCCAAAAGCAGUUGCUCAACGCCUUUCUGAUUCAUUAUCUGAAGAUGAGCAUACCUGCUUCAAACUUUCUGGGGCUGAUACAAGUGAAUCGAUACUAUGGCAAGCGAGCUGGGAAAACCUUUGCAGAGAGCCUUCGAAGGGACUUUGGCAUCCGCCAUGUGCGGCUUGUGCUUACAGGCAAAAAUACAAGCAACCGCGAUCUGGAAUUUCUAAGCUGGCUCAUGCUUCAGGAACAUACCCAGGCUGAGGACUGGAUCAUCAAGGCAGAUGUAGACGAGUUCCAUGUUUUUCCUCCGCACCGGGGCAUCUUCCACAACGGCACCUUCGAUGCCCAUGCCUAUUUCAAUGCUCUGAACCAAGCAGGGAAAAACGUCGUGAACGGUUUCCUUAUAGACAGAGUGGCGCACAAGGCCAGGCUGCCAGAUGUCCGGCCGACCUAUGCAACCGAGAAUAUCAUGAACCAGUUCCCUGUCGUUUGUGGUGUGACAGCACUCUUCAGGCUAACAGACCCACGGAAAGUGGUGGCGUACAAGGCCUACAUCCGGGCACCCAGUUCUCAUCACUUUGCGUUUGGCAUUGACCAGACUUUCUAUCCCUGUGACAUCACCGAGUCCUGUCACGGAGGUCGUCGGCUACCCGUCUAUGGAAGGCGCCAGGACCUGCAGCCAUGUCUUGUGAGUGCAACAAACUGGCACCACGUCCUGCGGAAGAAGCUGGGAAGGGACGCCUUUGCCCUGAUGCCAUUUAAGUACCACGGGCAUCUGCCCUUGUUGAACCCUUUACGUUCCUGGGCCUCAGCCUUCCAUUUAAAGUGGCACUCCGGGGUAUGGUCCUUGCAGAAGGAGGCCCGCUUCUUUGGUGGCCGUCGUCUGCCCGAGCACUUCGACGAGUUUAGAACCUUUGUCGGUACGAUGUGCUAUCCUGCAAUGGUGAAGAAGGCAUAUGAGGCAAUGUCAGAAGAGGAGAUGGGAAGGAUGUUGCACUUUCCGGCACCGGCAAAUCCGGAUGGGUGGUGGCACUUGCUGGCAAACCUCCAGGUCAACACUUACUGCAACGGCUUGCACGGCAUGCCAGACCUCAAAAAUAUUGCUGGAAAGCUGCCGCUGGAUGAUGCGGUGAUCUCGCAGAGCCGCGCUGGAGAGUUGGAAGCGGCUUUCAAGCUCAGGGAAUCGGCGCUCUCAGUGCUGAGCGGAGUACCGCAGACUCAGAAGACACGGCAAGAAGCACCUGACCGUUCAAGACUAGCUGGUUUGCUGCCCUCGAAAACUAAGAUGGUUUUCAAAACGUUUUGCUUGCAGUCGUUCUGUGCUCAGGUAGCUGCCGGAAGCGCAACCUUGCGACGUUUUCGCAGAUGCACUCUCCCGAGAGAGAAGCCAUCACGAGAUGGUGUUGAUGCCCGGAAUGCCAACUGCCUGGAGCACGCUCAGACUUUCGCAGAGCACUUUGCGUGUGCGGAAGGGAACAGACCUGGAGGCACAGCUUGGAGCGGCGCCUUCCCUGUCCAAUGA